AUGUCGGAGAUCCAGAAGAACCUCGUCGACAAGAACACCGAAUAUUCCGCUGCAUUUACCAAGGGUCAUCUUGCACUGCCACCUGCAAAGAAGUACCUUGUCCUCACCUGCAUGGAUGCCAGAAUCGACCCCGCCGCUGCCUAUGGUAUUGACCUCGGCGAUGCCCACGUCGUUCGAAAUGCAGGCGCCAAUGCCAAAGAUGCUUUACGCUCAAUCGUUAUCUCGCAGCAGCUUCUCGGCACAAACGAGAUCAUCCUCGUGAAGCAUACCGGCUGUGGCAUGCUCACUUUCGACGACGACGUAGCGACGGGACUUGUGGAGAAGAACCUUGGUGCGGAGGCGAAGGAGGCUUUGGGUGCUUUUGGAGGCGACUUCAAGACAUUCCCACAGCUUGAAGAUGCCGUCAGGGAUGAUGUGAAGUUGUUGAAGGAAACGCCAUUGAUAAAUGACGAGGUGCCCAUUACUGGAUGGGUGUAUGAGGUUGAGACCGGCAAGGUUAGACAGGUUGUCUAA